UUCUGCGGCUGUGCCGUAAUCCGGUCUGUGGCAUAGGGGUUUGAUAAAGGACUGGAGGAGAUAAUUUUAAGUAUUAAGUCACGGUGUCAUGUUGUUUUUAAUCGGUUUGGGAUUGGGGGACGCCCGGGACAUCACGGUGAAAGGACUGGAGAUCGUAAAGCAAUGCAGCCGGGUCUACUUGGAGGCUUAUACCUCGCUCCUCUGUGUCGGCAGAGACGUGUUGGAGGAGUUUUAUGGUCGUGAACUCAUCAUUGCAGAGAGAGAGAUGGUUGAACAAGAUGCUGAUGAAAUUUUGAGGCAUGCUGUUGAUAAUGACAUUGCUUUUCUUGUAGUAGGAGAUCCAUUUGGUGCAACAACACACAGUGAUCUAGUUUUACGAGCAGUAAAAGCAGGAAUUCAGUAUCAAGUUGUACACAAUGCCUCCAUAUUAAAUGCAGUUGGAUGCUGUGGUCUACAGUUGUACAAUUUUGGCGAAACUGUAUCCUUUGUAUUCUGGACAGAGACAUGGAAACCUGAAAGCUUCUACGACAAAAUAAAGAGGAACCGACAGAACGGAGUUCACACAUUAUGCUUACUUGACAUCAAAGUAAAGGAACAGUCGCUGGAAAAUCUAUUAAGGGGAAGGAAGAUCUUUGAGCCUCCCAGGUUCAUGUCUGUGAAUGAGGCUGCUGAACAACUACUGGAGAUAAUUGAAAAUCGAAGAGGUAAAGGAGAGGAGCUAGCACUGACUGAAGAGACCUUGUGUGUCGGACUAGCCAGAGUGGGUUCCAAAGACCAAAAGAUUGCUGCUGCAACACUACAACAGAUGGUGAAGGUGGAUCUAGGUGCUCCUCUACAUUCCCUGAUCAUUACAGGCCAUAUGCAUCCUAUGGAAAUUGAGAUGCUGAAACUCUUCGCUGUGGAUAAUUCAAGUUUUAAUAAACUUGAUCAACAUAUGAAAUCAUAGUGAAACAAUUAACCUGCAAUUUCAGGUCUCAGCUGUUCAGUUUUAUGCUCCUUUAUAAGUGGAGAAAAAAGCUGGAUUGCCUUUUAAAAGAACUGUUAAAGCUAUCUCUUAAUUGUCAAAGGUUUGUUGUAUGCUCAGUUGCAGGCUAACCUCCUAAUGUUUCCAGUAUCUGGAAUCUUUCUUUAGUGUAUAUGAAAUAAAUUGCCGAAUCUAUUAGUGUUGGGAAUUGAGUAUUUUACAUUAAAGUGUUAGUAAGUCUCCAUUAGGAUCAAGUUAGUACAGAGACUGUUUGAUAUACGCUCAUUUUUUAACACAGUGUCCCAGAACUACUUCUCUCUGUGGUUCUCCCAUUUGUAGCAGCACUCCUUAAUAGACUGCAGUUGAACGUUGUCCCCUUUUUGGAAAGUCUUGCUGCAAGCUUGUAUGACUCCAUAUUGAAAAAGGAACAUUUGUAUAUGGGUAAAAAACAAAUUGUAUUUUAAGGAACUGGCUCACACCACAUGAGUCAAAUGAUUUUAUCCUACACUGUAUGACCUAAUAGUUAGUUAUUGCAGGAUAAGUUAAAGUUUAAGCAUACAACUGAGAAAGGUUUUUAUUUGGGGGGUUGGGUACUGAUACCUGCUAAAUUGGAUUCCAUUGUUUGAGUAGGGAAGCAGUUUCUCACAGACAUGAAUGGCACAAAGGCAGGUGAUGUUUGAAGAUGCCUACGAAAAGGAUAUGAAAAGAAUACCCUGGGCAAAGAGGAUGGUGAAAACUAGAGUUAGUCAUGAUCAUACAAAUGUCGUAGUAGAAUUUGAUUAUUGAUAUUAGAGCUGGAUACUGUACAGUAUAUUUAUGUUCUAAUUCCAGUAUUCUGAAGACUUGUUAACAUACCAUCCACAAUGACCCUUCAUUUGCAAAAUCUUGCCUUGUCAUCUUAAAGUCUUAAACCAGUACCAAAUAGUAUGUCUCUGCUUUUAAAACAUUAGAUAUAGAAUUAUGCAUUUAAUCCUAUGAUUCGGAAUCAGGUUUAAUAUAACUGGCAUAUGUCAUAAAAUUUGUUGUUUUGCGGCAGCACUACAUUGCCAUACGUAAUAAAAGAACUUUAAAUUACAGUAAGUAUAUAUAACAAUUAAAUAAGUAGUGCAAAAAGAGAGCAAAAAAGUGAGGUAGUGAGCACGGGUUCACUGUUGGUUCAGAAAUCUGAUGACAGAGGGGAAGAAGAUGGUCCUAAAACAUUGUGUGUGUGUGUGUCUCUCGCUCUCUCUCUCUCUCUCUCUCUCUCUUCAGGCUCCUGUACCUUCUCUGUGAUGGAAACAGUGAGGAAGUGAGGAGAGGGCAUGUCCUGGGUGAUGACGGUCUAUAAUGAUGGAUGCCACCUUUUUGAGACGUCGCCUUUUGAAAGUGUCCUGAAUGCUGGAGAGGUUAGAACCCAUGAUGGAGCUGACAAAGCUUACAACUUUCUGCAGCGUUUUCUGAUCCUGUGCAGUGGCACUUGCAUGCCAAAUGGUGAUGCAACCAAUUAGAAUGCCUUCCAUGAUAUGUCUGUACAAAUUUGUGAGAGUCUUUGGUGACAUAUCAAGUCUCCUCAAACUCCUGAUGAAAUAUAGCCGUUGCCUUUGUAAUCGCAACAAUACGUUGGGCCCACGAUAGAUCUUCAGAGAUGUUGACACCCAAAAACUUGAAACUGCUCAGCCUUUCCAAUGCUGAUCCCUCGAAAAGGACUAGUGUGUGUUCCCUCAACUUUCCCUUUGUGAAGUACACAAUCAAUUUCUUGGUCUUACUGACAUUGAGUGCAAGGUUGUCUAAAAAGAUUGCUGAUUAACCUCCAACAGAAAAUGUUUUUUUGGCUAUCAGUGAUGCAAAAAGCUCGUCCAUUUAUGUAAUCUUAUAAUCUACACUAUUCAGCCAAUUAUGAUGCAAAAGGAAGUAAUUUGACUCAUGCCAGUUCCCUUUAGAGCAAUUUCAUCGUAUUCACUGCCCCACCAAUUUCCAAAUAGCCCUCCAAUUUUCAUACACUCGCCAACUCCCAUUGAUCUUUGCCUUACACUAAGUGGUAAUUCACAUCUACCAAUUAAUUUACCAGAACAUCUUUUGAAUGUGCAAGGAAACCUGCAACUGCUGGAAGUGGAUGCAGUCACUGGAAAUCAUGCAAACUAAGCACUGUUCCCUGGAGUUGUGAGGCAGCUGCAUCAGCUGGUGCAUCAACCCAUAUCCCCAUAAUCCCAACCUCACUAUAGCCAGGGGUUCCGUGGAAUAAUUAGUUACUUAGUAUGCAUUGACUCCAUACCCAAACCCUAAGCUUGCAUAUGUGAUUUUUAAGAGAGACUUCAAUAGGUACAUUUAAUGUCAGAGAAGUGUAUACAAUAUAUAUCCUGAAAUUCUUUUUGGUAUGAUGGAAGCUGUAGAGGUGGACAUUUAAGCAAACAGCCUGAGAACAUGAUCUGUAUGGCUGAAAGCACAGCUGUUAUUGUGAAACGAAGUGUGGAAAGGGGCUGUGUAAGAAGCCAAUAUUAGAGGAAUAGCAGGUGGUUGCAAAGAUAGUGAAAAGUGCAGCCAUGAAGGGAUGUAAAGGUGAAUUUGAGGCAUUGGAAGAUGGAAGUCAGUGUAGAUUGGAAAAAUGAUGGAUUUAUAGGUGCCCGAGCAGAUCACUCUUAACCGUAUGCUUAUCUGACACUUGUUAAGUUGCUUAAUGGAAAACGUUAGUUCCUUGUAGGAAACACUAACUCUUUAAGUAGAACAGUUUACAUAUGUUUUCUGCAGCACGAGAGAAAGUUCAAAAUGUCUCAGUACUUAGUAUUUCUGACUCGUACUUUGAAUAAACUUCCAUUAGAAUCCUGUACUGACAAGCUAGUUGUUAUUUAACGGUUAAGCAGUGUUUAAUUUUCCAUUAACACUAGACAUUUCAGAAUUCUCCAAGGUUCACAAUUUUCAAAUUUCACCAAAAUGCCAUCUACAUCGCAUUCAGCAAGGACACUAAAUCCACUAUUGAGAUAUUCACUUAAAUUUGUGAGGUUUUCAUUACCAUUGUACUUUUUGUUUUUAAAGCUAUAUUCUAACUAUGUAUGUAUUGGCAUAAAAUCAAAAUGAAUUUGUGUAUUGGUCCUAAUCAAUAGUUUUCUGUUUGAUUCCUCACUGCAGGACUUAGGCCCAUGUAACAAAAGCAACUUGCUUUUCAAUUAAUUAAUUAAUUAAUUAAUUAACAUAGUAGAAAGUCCUAAGAUGCCCCAGAGGGGCAUUAUUACACAAAAUCAGACAGGUGCAAAGAUAUUUAAGAAUGUAUUGAGUUCAGCAUUUAAGUUUUAAGGAUCAUCUUAAAAGUAGGAAAGAGUUGCAGAUAAGGUUAAGUAUGAAGAUAGAUUUAGGGGGUUUAAGUUCCAGAAGAUAGCGCCUUGACAUUGAAGGUAUGGCCAUGAGUGAUUAAUACUAACAGGUUCAAAAAUUAGAGGCGCAUAUAUCCCAGGUGCUGAAUUUACACAUGAAAAAAUGACUACAAGUGAAGAAGACUCAGACUAUGUGAAUUGUUCUCUGAUUUUAUGAGCAAACAAACUGAUGAAGUGGUGGAAAUCAGUCAAAAAAUCACGUAUUUUGUUUCCUUUAGGAUUCUAGUGUGUUAUUGUGUCUGAUUCAGUUUCCCUAAGACAAUGUAAUUUCUUGAAUUUAUUCCUGAAUCGCAUUUUUUUUUUUUUUUUGCUUUUUAUCUAGGUCCAAAGUCUGUCUUUAGCUUCUAGCAAUAGAGAGCAAUAUAUUUACCUGCUAGAGUUGCAAUUAAGAAAAUAUUUUAGGUACUUUUCCUCCUGUAAACAGAGCAUUUUAAGCCUUUUUUUCCCCAUAUACUGUUACAAGUUGCAUCACUAACCAUUUGACCUUCUCCGGGGAUAUUUCUGCAUUCUAAUAACUUCUCAGAAAGAGUUAAAUCAGAAAUCAGACGAGAGGGAGGAACUCAGGAAAAAUAUAAUUGCCAGGUUGAUGAAACUAAACAAGAUGUUGCAUCAGUAGGCUGGUAAACCUCUGAUAGACAUCAUCAUAGGGUCUUAAGAGAAGGAAGCAGAGAGAUGAAAACAGAAGUGCUGGAAUCACUCAGCAGGUCAGGAAGCAUCUGUGGACAGGGAAACAGAAUUUAUAUUUCAGAUCAGAGAUCUAGUUCGGAGAUCAGCCUAGUUCUGACUAAUGGUUAUUAACCAAACUCUUAUUUGUUUUAUUUCAGAUUUCUAGCAUCAGCAGUUUUUGACAGCUUUUAUGAAUUAGUGAAUAGCUGAUGAUUUGGUUUUAAUUUCCCAAAAUGUCCUAGAUUUGGGGAAAGUUCUAUCAAAUGGGGGGCGGGGAGCCAUUCCAGGUCUUUUUUACUACACAGAUUGUGGUGGGUGUCUGAAAUACGCUGCCUGGGACAGUGGUGGAGGCAGAUACAAAAAAGGCAUUUGAGAGGCUCAUAGAUAAACACAUGAAUAUGGAGAGAUAGAGACCAUGGGCAGUCAGAAUACAUCAGUUUAAUAACAUAUCUUUAUUAAUUUGGCUCAGCAUUGGGUGGGGUGGGGCCAUAGGUCUGUUCCUGUGCAGUACUGUUCUAUAUAACUCCUUUAUUCAAAAAGGGAAGAAGUUAGAAAGCAGAAAUGCUACAAGCCAGUUACCUGUUCAUAUGUUGAUGAGAAUAAAUAAGAAUUAAAGGUAUCAUUGCAGGGCACUAGGAAAGUUCAAAGUAAUUCAUAAAGUCCAUGUGGUUUUGUGAAGGGAAAUCUCUUCUUUAAUAUACUACAGUUCUUUGCAUAACAUAUGUUGUGAAUAAAGAAGAACCUGUGGCUAUGCUAUGAUUCCCAGAAAGUAUUUGAAAAGGUUAUUGAGGAAAAUGGAAGCCUUUCCUGUGGGAGGUAACACCACCAAGGACAGAAACAGAAAUAAAAGAAUGCUGGAAGAUCCCAGACAGUCAAGCAGCAUCUGUGGAAGGAAAAACAAAAGUUGUACGUCAACAUUUCAGGUCAAGAGCCUGCAUUAGGACUGAGAGGAAAGAGAAGUAUUUUCCAUUUUCACAUAACCCACAGCUUCAAAAGUUAUUUUCCCACAUACACCUACCUGUCCACCUAGCUUUCUUUUCCUUUGCUUCACAACAGGAAUUCUGCAGAUGCUGGAAAUUCAAGCAACACACAUCAAAGUUGCUGGUGAACGCAG